AUAUCGUAAAAGCACGUAAAACGUAAAUGUACUUACUCUGUGUGCUGUGUCAAUGUCACAAAGGUCAUUUGCAAUAAGGUUGUUUUCUUUGCCCGGUGGAAUACCAAAAUCAAUAGACUUAUACAUGAUUGGUCAUCGUUUUGAUCUAUAAGACAUUUAACAAAUAAGAAAGCGCGGAUAUACUAACGUCAUAAUUUACUUUAAAGUUUGGGUUAGAAAACAUAUAAUUUAAAACUUAUUUAAUACCUGUACUUUGGCAUUAUUUCCCGGCGGUUUUGAGCGGAACAGAAAGAACUACAUUGCAAUUAUGGGUCGCAAAUUUGUCGUGGGCGGUAAUUGGAAGAUGAAUGGUGACAAAAAUCAGAUAAAUGAAAUUGUGAACAAUUUGAAGAAAGGGCCUUUAGAUGAGAAUGUGGAGGUAAUCAUUGGUGUGCCUGCUAUUUACCUUGCUUAUGUUAAAAGCAUUGUUCCUGAUUCAAUUGCUGUAGCAGCCCAAAACUGCUGGAAAGUACCCAAGGGUGCAUUUACAGGUGAAAUUUCUCCCGCCAUGUUGAAAGAUGUCGGCAUAAAUUGGGUUAUUCUCGGACAUUCAGAAAGAAGAAGUAUUUUUGGUGAAAAAGAUGAAUUGGUUGCUGAGAAAGUGGCUCAUGCUCUGGAAUCAGGAUUAAAAGUGAUUGCUUGUAUUGGUGAGACUUUGGAGGAAAGGGAAGCAGGGAAGACCGAGGAAGUUGUAUUUCGGCAGACUAAAGCUUUAUUGUCUGCAAUUGGAGAUAAGUGGGCCAAUGUGGUGUUAGCCUACGAGCCUGUUUGGGCUAUUGGUACUGGAAAAACGGCCUCACCUCAACAGGCACAAGAAGUUCAUUCUUCUCUACGCAAUUGGUUGUCUACAAAUGCAUCGCCUGAUGUAGCAAAUGCUGUGCGUAUACAAUAUGGUGGGUCUGUUACUGCAGCCAAUGCUAAAGAGCUAGCAGCUUGUUCAGAUAUUGAUGGAUUCCUUGUCGGCGGUGCUAGCUUGAAACCAGAAUUUGUUGAUAUUAUCAAUGCUACCAAGUGAAAAUAAAAUGUCUAUUUAACUGUAUGUUUAUAUUAUUGAAACAUCAUCAGUACUGAAUUUUGUUAUUAGAUUGUUCAUUUAAAACUAUCUUAAUUAUGCUUGUUAUAUUAUAUAAGUGAGAUUGUAAUUUAAUGAAUUUGCUGUAUUUGGGUAUGUUUUUUAUUUAUCUCUAUUGUUUUGUCACAUGGUAAUAAAACAUUUAAAUUAUACGUU